GGGGCGGGGCAAAGGGAAGAACGUUAGAAAUCAGCACCAAACGUGCCUCCCAGAAGCGGUGAAGUGGUUCUUCAACAUCAGGAACCAGGUGUCAACCUACGUCUUUAAGUUGUCAAGAUGUCUCUUUCUAAGAAAUUGACUUUGGACAAGCUGGAUGUUAAAGGGAAACGAGUCAUCAUGAGAGUAGAUUUUAACGUUCCCAUGAAGAAGAACCAGAUUACAAACAACCAGAGAAUCAAGGCUGCCAUCCCAAGCAUCAAGUACUGCCUAGAUAACGAAGCCAAAUCGGUAGUUCUUAUGAGUCACCUAGGCCGCCCGGAUGGUGUUCCCAUGCCUGACAAAUAUUCCUUAGAACCUGUUGCUGCUGAGCUCAAGUCCUUGCUGGGGCGGGAUGUUUUGUUCUUGAAGGAUUGUGUAGGCUCAGAAGUAGAGAAGGCCUGUGCCAACCCAGCUACUGGCUCAGUCAUCCUGCUGGAGAACUUGCGCUUUCAUGUGGAGGAAGAAGGGAAGGGCCAGGAUCCUUCCGGAAAGAAACUUAAAGCAGAGCCAGAUAAAAUAGUAGCCUUCCGAGCAUCACUCUCCAAGCUAGGAGAUGUAUAUGUCAAUGAUGCCUUUGGUACUGCACACCGAGCUCACAGUUCCAUGGUGGGAGUAAAUCUGCCCCAGAAAGCAUCAGGAUUCCUGAUGAAAAAGGAGCUGGAUUACUUUGCCAGAGCCUUGGAAAACCCUGAGAGACCUUUUCUGGCUAUACUUGGUGGGGCCAAAGUGGCAGACAAGAUACAACUCAUCAAAAAUAUGCUGGACAAGGUCAAUGAGAUGAUUAUCGGCGGUGGAAUGGCUUACACAUUCCUUAAGGUACUGAACAACAUGGAAAUCGGUGCUUCCCUUUUUGAUGAAGAGGGAGCCAAGAUUGUCAAUGAUAUCAUGGCCAAAGCAAAUAAGAAUGGUGUAAAGAUUACCUUCCCUGUUGACUUUGUCACUGCUGACAAGUUUGAUGAGAAUGCUAAAGUUGGACAAGCUACUGUAGCAUCUGGUGUACCUCCUGGCUGGAUGGCUUUGGACUGUGGUCCUGAGACCAACAAGAAGUUUGCUCAAGUUGUGGCCCAAGCAAAGCUAAUUGUUUGGAAUGGAAGCUUUUAG